AAGCACGAGGCCCUGAUGUCGGACCUGUCGGCUUACGGCAGCAGCAUCCAGGCCCUGAAGGAGCAGGCCCAGUCCUGCAGGGAUCUGAAGGCCAACGAGUCCCGCCUGAGGGACAUCAACAAGGUGGCAUCUGAACUGGAGUCAGAAGGUCUGAUGGCUGAGGAGGCUCCUAUGGUUCAGGCUCAGCAACAAGAACAUCUGGGUUCUGCUCCUGGAAAGACCGUACGGUUGGGCGUUCAGACGACGGCUAACUUUAAUUCCAUCAAGGAGCUGAACAACCGCUGGCGCUCGCUGCAACAGCUGGCUGAAGACCGGAGCAACAUGCUGGGCAGCGCCCAUGAGGUGCAGCGCUUCCACAGAGACGCUGAUGAGACCAAAGAGUGGAUCGAGGAGAAGAACCAGGCCCUGAACACAGACAACUACGGCCACGACCUGGCCAGCGUUCAGGCUCUGCAGCGUGAACAUGAAGGCUUUGAGCGUGACCUGGCAGCUCUGGGUGAUAAGGUCCGCUUCCUGAUCGGUACCAGGACCCGGGUUGUCUCUGGAGACACGUUCUUCAUGGUUCUGGUGACUCCACCCCAGCCGUUCCUGAUCAGCAAUCAGCGGGGUGCUUUCCUAUUUAAGGUGGAUGGAGGACACAAUUUGACGCCGAAGAUUGCCUCAGUUUUGGAUUCCUGUCGACCUCAUUGGAUACUGACCUCUACUCCAGGAUUUGGAUAUUCAACACACGGACCUUAUCACCACCCUCCAUAACCCACCUCUCAUCUCACCCAGUGCCCCAUCCACCAGGACGCCCCGCUUCUCUCCACCUCUGCUCCCUCUCCUGCGCUUCCCCCGGCUCUCUACCUCUCCCUCCUCCAGCCAACACGUACACCCACCACAACGCUGAGCUGUUGUUGCAGUUCCAACCAGACUUAUCUGUGCACCUUAAGUUCCUCCUUAUAAAUAAAUAAUUUUUUCUAUCAGUUUUUGGUCAGUGUUGUAUUCUGCAUGUCUUGGGUUAAGUAUCUUCCUCCAAACAUGACACUCCUCUUCAAAGAGCAAAUCUGUUCAGCACAAUCUGACAGACAGACCACCAUUCUUCUGUCAUGAUGCUGUACAGAACAUUUUUAGAGUUUUUCUUUUUAAAGAUAAAUAGGAUUACAUUUAAAGAGCAAUACUUGCACAUUAUCAUUUUCCCACACUUCUGUAUAACUGUAUUUUGUUGUUUUUCAAUAAAGAAUGACAAAUUA